UUCUCUGUCAGCUGUAUUUAAACAACAAAAGGAAGAAACAUUUUAUAAUUUGAAAAUUAGUUUUCAGGACUAAUUCAUCCCUCCUUUAUAUCCCUCAACUUUCCAAUUACCAUUAUAGCAGUGGGUUUGUUAGGAUUAAUCCAUUCAAAUCGUGUUACAGACCAAUUUACCAUAUUGCAUUUGGGGCAAUUGUCUCUUAUCAGGCAGGUGCACAAUUUGAUCAGAGCUGAGUGGUUUAACAGGGAUCAGAAAUGAUAAGAUCGAUGACGCUGUGUCCUCCUGAGUGUCCAUGGAUUCAGUGUCUGCCCUCACAGUUGUUUCACCAAAGCUGGACUUCAUUUAGGCACCAUGGACAGCAACAGCAGCUCUGGCUCUCAUCCAUCCAUCUACGCCGAGGUGAUGGCUAUUACGCCCACCAUCUUCCCUCGGGUGGGCUACAGUAUAAUUUCUUUCCUCAUGUUCAUCAACACAUUGUUAACAGUUUUUAACAAUUGUCUCGUCAUAACCGUGAUGCUGAGGAACCCGUCUCUACUCCAGCCUAUGACCGUUUUCCUCAGCCUUGCGGUGUCUGACCUCAUGAUAGGCCUGUGCGGAUCCCUGGUCGUCACCAUCACUAACUACCACGGCUUUUUCUUUAUUGGCGACACAGCCUGCGUGUUUCAAGGAUUUGCAGUUAAUUAUUUUGGUUUGGUGUCUCUCUGCACUCUGACCCUGCUUGCCUAUGAGCGGUACAACUUGGUGUGUAAGCCGAGAGCUGGUCUAAAGCUGAGCAUGCGGAGAAGCAUCGCCGGGCUGCUAUUUGUCUGGCUCUUCUGCUUGUUUUGGGCGGUGGCUCCGUUAUUUGGCUGGAGCUCCUACGGACCUGAAGGAAUCCAGACCUCCUGCUCUCUGGCCUGGGAGAAGAGAUCGUGGAACAACUACAGCUACCUCAUCUUCUACACACUCCUAUGCUUCAUUUUUCCUACUAUAGUCAUCAUUUACUGCUACUCCAAAGUGCUCACAUCCAUGAAUAAGCUGAACAGGAGCGUGGAGCUCCAGGGUGGGCGUUCCAGCCAGAAGGAGAAUGAUCAAGCCAUCAGUAUGGUCCUGGCCAUGAUCAUAUCUUAUUUUGUUUGCUGGCUGCCCUACACGGCGUUGUCAGUGGUGGUAGUCGUGGAUCCAGAGCUCUACAUCCCUCCACUGGUCGCCACUUUGCCCAUGUACUUUGCCAAGACCAGCCCUGUCUAUAACCCCAUCAUCUACUUCCUUACCAACAAGCAGUUCCGUGAAGCUGCUCUGGAGGUGCUGUCGUGCGGCCGCUACAUUCCCCAUGUGCUCCCCACUGCCAGCAUCAACAUGCGCUCCGUCAACUCGCACAGCAAGGUACUGCCUCUGUGACUUUCUCCAGUGAAAACAAGAAGCUGCCAUGGUUGUCAGUGUUUAUUGGUGCCCCAUCACGGACGCAGUCAGGCAGACCUGCACAUCUACAGGCCCAUGUCUCUCAGAGAGGUCUUCACUGUAGCCCAGUGAGAACAGAAUCGGCACAGAGACUGAUAGCUGAUAUUGAGGAGGUGGACAAAAUAAAUGCAAUCCAAUCCAAUCCAUCUGGAAAAAAAUGCUUAUUUUGUUAACUUGUUAGGAUUAUAUAGGAGCUGGGUUGAUUCAUCUGAAACUAUUUUGUUGUGGCAUUUUAUUAUUUCAUUAUAUUGCAAGGUAAUCCUGUAUUUAUUGUCCAUCCCAUUUUUCUAGAACAAUAAGAGUAUUCAGUAAGAUGUUUUUUCUUCUGUGACUUGUGACUGUUACAUUUUUCAUGUUGAUGUUUGCAAGUGUGUACUGUACAGUAUGCAUGUGGGAAAUGACCCAAACAAUCCAAUAUUAUGUAAAUAAAUGAAAAUCAAUGUCAACAAUAGACAGCUCCAUCAUGUCAUCAACACUGACAGCUAGGCCAAAUAAUGUACAAGUCGUGCCAACUCGUGCCUCUUCCCACACAUAUUAGAUUGCUGCAGUGUAUACAGGCAUAAUUUCACUCACAUUGCACAUAAACACCUGUGUGAAUACAGGAUUUACUCAGUACAAUUAUUUAUCAGUUGCAGAGAAGCUGCAAAACAUAAUAUGCUCUCUCUCUCCGAUUGUGCAGCUGUCCUAAUGCAUACAAAUAACAUGAGUAUAUAUCAGUUCUGCAAAACCCACAAAAUCAAAAACAUGGGAAAUGUAGGUGCACUUGUUAAGUGAGCCUGCUGCACAUCUCAGCUUGUGCAUUAUAAUGGGAAGUCAGUCAGGCAGUAAAAGACUUUUGCCUGGCCUACUCUGUGGUCUGUCAAUUUCUUAUUUGUAUUAUUAUUUUUACAUUUGUGAAGACAGUUCAGAAAAGGAGCAUGAUUCAAACACAGGAUGAUGUGUCUUAUAUGGCACACGUCUGAACUCACACUGAGUCACCAGAACUGAAGAUUGAUAUGCAUCACUGAAUAAAGAUGAAGUAAGAGAACACAAUUAGGAGAGGGUUGUAACUGUUAAGUUGGUGCUAGCAACUAGGAUGACUCAUUUUUGGCUGAGGAUUUAAUCCACUCUUCAAUAGUUGAUGAUUUUAUCUAAGAGUGAUAUUUAUUGAUUUAGUCUACUUUAUUUCAUUGAAAUGUUGUUUUAAUUGGUUCAUAUUUCUUUAU